UACAUGCUGAAUGACUGACUGCUGUUGUGUGGUCAGGUAUGAGCGGUUUUCUCAUUGCCCUGUCUAAUGUGCAACCAGCAAUUCAUGAGCCAUCCCUUCAAGUGCAUCAGCUUGAGAUUCGUAGACAACCUGUGGCUUUCAGCGUGGCAUCACUUCAAGCAACUCUCUGGCCUUUGGGGGCACAGCCAGGUUUAAUCAUCUCUGGUUCCUGGUGAGUCAAUCUUGCACUGGCCCUGUAAUUAAAACUUUGCAUUGUGAUGAAAACAAAAUGCUGCUCUUCUUUUUGUUAGAAUGUAACGCUGUAGAGUGGAUUGAGUUUGAAAGGUACCGGAUGAUAUUUAAGUUGUGAAGAUAAAUGAAAUCAAGUGUCAUAUUCUGGGAUUUCAAGAAAAAUGACUAAAUCUAAAUGUAAAACACACAGUGCAAUAUAUAGCAUACGUGAUAUAUGAUACAACCAACAUAUAACCUCAGGAGUGCUCGGGGGCGAUGAUAUGUCAUCUCCAUUACUGUCAGUUGCAGCUAUUGACAUGCGAUAACUUUACUCAUUUGACAAAAGCGUUUGUGUAAUUUAUGGCUUUCAGAUUACAACUGUAGGACAGAAAUAAACAAGAAUAACACCAUGUUCUAGAAAAUGAAGGUGCAUAGAAUGUUAGGAGGAAAUUUUACUGCUUGAAAAAUUUUGAGCAAUUUGCCAAAUAUUCAAAACCUGUUUGAUUUCAAAGCACACGUUUUUUGUGUCAAAUAUGCAACACUACAUACUUGACGAUAACAUGCAAUUUACAUUUAUGACGAAAUAUGAUUUCACUUAAGCAGACAUUUUACACAUUUAUUAUUUAAUUAUUAUGCAUACAGUUCUUGAAAACCAACACUCAACUUUCUAUUACACUUUUAAAAAUAUCCACUCAGCAGUUAUCGGGGUCCAAGCAAUAUGGAAAAGUGGAUAAAAUGACCAAAAUUGCCAAAUUUGAAGAAACAGAUCUGUAAGCGGCAAAGUAAUUUCAUUACUUUUUUUGUAGUUAUUCCGUUUGUAAUUUGAACUAAUCCAUUAGUCCAAUUCACAUAAAAUUUUGCAUGCUUAAUCUUGAGACCCUCGUGACAAAAAAUGUAUCCAAAGAAUUUUGAUUAGUCAAAUCAUUUGGAAGAUUUGGCCAUGGCCCAAUUAAUUUAUCAGCCUUUUGAAUGAGUACUAAGGUCUUUUCAUAACUUUUUGUCAUGAGGGUCUCUAGAUAAUCCAUGCAAAAUGUUGUGCAAAUUGAACGGUUUAGGAGAAGUUCGAAAAAUUAGGGUUUCCAGAAAACUCAAAAUGGUACAAAAAUGUUAUAGACUGAAAUGUUGCAUGACUCAAGGAAUAAGAGGAAAAGGGUUUUGGUUCUAUACGGUUCAAAGUUAUUACCAAAAUAUCUCUGCAGCCGUAUGGUUGUGAGAUGUUACCAAAAACGUAAAAGUGUGUAUUAUAGAGCCACCCGAGUAGUGGGGAGGAUUUGGGACCAACCUACAAACCAGCACCUUUGGACUUUUGACUAAUAAUCAAUUUAAUCAGAUGCAAAUCUUGUGUAUUUAACAUCAGCUUCCUUCCAGGAAAUCUGCAUUAUAAACCCUAAAUGAAAUAUUAACUGAUGCUGUAUUUUCAAUGCUUCUGUAUUUUCUAAGCUCCAAUUUUGAAAAUGGAGGGUGUUCUGGACACAACACUUUUUCUGUUUACAUGCAAACUGACGUGUAGUGCGCUAAUCUACCCUGCAGUCACGCAUCCCAUAACCGCGGUCAGUCUUUGCUCCAGCUGCCUGCUGUUAUUCACUGACCUCGCUACCACCCUGUUCCUGCUCUAUGUCUGGUUUGUGGAGUCCUGGAUGACGCCUUUUCAGGUGUCUUCCGAUGUGGUUGCACUUCGAUUCCUCCUCUUUCUUUGUCAGGCCUAUGGAGUUGUACUGAUGUUGAUGCCACCUCUGAUUGCUUUAGAGUUGUUGGUUAACAUGUUGCACCUUCAAAAAGAGAGGACAGUUGGCAAGGAUAUAGAGACAGUACUUGCAGAGAGGGAUGGAAGUACACAGUGGCACCAGAGUGAGUCUCCAUCUAGAAUGAUGGGCUUUCUUGGUUGUCUUCUAGCAUGGAGUGUGAGUGGGAUUUACAGUAGUCACAACUGGAAGCUUGGACAGCUCUUGGUGGAAGCCUGUUUGGAAGAAGGUGGUUGCCUCGUAACUUGUCUUCCCUGUGUUUUCAAUACCUCCUAUGCCAGUAUGGAUGAGAUCUCUUGGGUUCUCCCUGCCAUAGUGCUUCUGUUGAGUUUCACAGGGAGCUUGGGCCUACUCAGGACGAAGCUGUCCCACAUACUAUCAGACUCACUAGAAAACACAUUGGCGGCAACAUGGGGCAAAAUAAAGGACUCUGUUGCCCUUGGGCUAAUGCAAAUACAGUGGCCCACGCUCUGCAGAACUGUAUUUCCCAAUGAAUCACAAAGCUCUGGCAUUGACUCAGAAAAAACAGCUGACAGCUGUGCCAUUCACAGGGCUGGGUUUGUGUACAAUGUGCAACGAUCGUUCUGUUCUGGAAGCAAGGUCCUGUGCUCUUGCCAAACCAGUUUGGCGGAAAGUUAUAUGCAGAAACAAAAACGAUCAACCAGCCUUGCACCGUUUCCAGAAUCAAAAACAGAACUUCCGCUGGAGGUGACAUCAUUUGAACUCAACACAGUAGAGCUAUAUAACAGGACCGACCCAGUGUUGAGACUAGCACUGCAGACUCCAAGAAUGCUGUCUUGGCAUCCUGAGAGGGAAAGUCCCUGCCUGGGGGGAGAAAUGUUCACAGGGCUUGUAUGUGUGGGUCUAGUUUGCAUGUUCCCCACAGUUGUUAGUGGUAACAUUGUCCUUAUCUUAAACCUAGAGAAUUUGGUGGUGCACACGGUGAAACUUUUAUGUCUCUGUCAAUAACAGAGUCCCUGUUCUUGAAGUGAUCGUAAUAUAAAUGCAAAUUAAAAUUUUCCUAUGAUAGAUUAAUAUGGAUGGCAUUCGUAGGGAAUAUAACGAUUCUGGCUACAAUUAGACGUAACAAUUCUGGUACCUUAAAGAUUACAUUAAUGAUUCUAUUAAUGAUUAGUUUAGCACUUUUGAGGGCAUUUACACUCAAUGAGCCCUCUAUUAGAAACACCUGUACACCUACUAUUUUAUGCAAUUACCUAAUCAGCCAUUCACGUGGCAGCAGCGCAAUGCAUGAGGGGGUCAGGAGCUUCAGAUUAACGUUCACAUCAACCUGUAUUGACGCUGACUACCACCCCAGAUUUCGAAAGUUCGAAUCCAGGGUGUGCUGAGUGACUCUAGCCAGGUCUCCUAAGCAAUCAAAUUGGCCCAGUUGCUAGGGAGGGUAGAGGCACAUGGGGUAACCUCCUUGUGGUGGCGAUUAGGGGUUCUCUUUACCUGGUGCAUGUUAACAAGUGCGACACAUUGCACCAAAAACAUAUUGCUCCCAUUAUAAUAAAUUAUUCUGUCUACACCUGAUGCGUCCGCCGCGUCACACCGACAGAAAGCGUAUGCCCAGUUCUAUUCUGACAUACUGCACAGCUCACAGCCGAUUGUUGGUGCUCGUGCAUGUCAUCUUUUUAGGUCAUUUGCUUCUACAUGUCCAGUGUAGACGGCAUUGAGCAACUUAAGUAGACAGGGUGUUGCGUACACAAUACAGUAACAUUAGGUCUCAGUCAAUAAUAAUUUCGUGAAUUUUGCAUACUUAAACGCACAAAAAAGUGCUCACGAAAAAUGUCCGCCAGAUAAUGUUAUUCAAUUCAUAAUGGAAAGCAUUCAUAAAGUUAGUAAUUUGCAUAGCACACAGCCAAACCUUCAACAUAUAAGGGCAUUAAGCACCACCAAACCUGUACUGUUGCAAAUGUGCAGAGAAAGAUGCCUCUGAAGCAAAAGGCAAAAAAUAUCAUACUAUAAAACAGUGCAGUAAAGCAUAACAAUUUAGAACGAUUUCAUAAUAUGUAUUACUGUAGAUGUUGGAUGAACUGAAGGCAUGCUUCGAGAACUGCUUGUGCAGGAGCAUUUAUCAGUGCCUCAUCCACAGGCAUUGGCAGAUUUAGGCAGGGCAGCAUCUUGCGGGGGGGCAGCACGAGGCGCCCCCCUUGUGUAAUCAAAAUCAAUAAUAUAUCCACUGCCAUGUACAUGUCCCUGAAUGUAGCCCUAGUACUUGAAAUGAAAACAAGUAUGAUGGAAAUUUUACAACUCAGUCCGUAACACUGUGCCCACCGCAUCUUUUUCAAGUUAAACAGUUUUUGUCCAAACAAGCAGCAACAGCGAGACAUAAAGGCAUCCCAGUCAACAAAUGGGUCUAAAAUGAUUCUCAUAACAGCAUAACACCAGAUCAGAGCAACCUUAUUUUGGCAAAGGUGUCACACACCUAUCAAAUGUUAUGUUUGAGGUCUCACUCUUUUCAGUCUGAGGUCUGGCACAGACACACACACAAUCAGAAUGGUGGAGACAUAUGGCCUGGCACCCUCUGACUCUCUCUUUGCUUCCCUGUCACCUCGAGAUCGGCAAAAUCAGGGAUGGAUUACCGACCGGGCCAAUGGGGCCAGUGCCCAGGGGCCCUUGACUGCCUG